AUGCCUGUAUCGGAUCCACGGGGAGAUGCAGGCCGGUGGGCCAACGUCAGCUACCGGGUACGCCAGCCGAAUUCGCCAGAACCGGCUCCCAGGAGGAAACCAAAUUGGUUUCACAAAUUUUGCCGGUGCUGCGCGCGCCAGCGGGAUGACACCGACUGGAGACCUGCACCAGGCGAAGUCCCGGGAGCCCGGCGAACAGAUCCUGUCAUCCGGGAGGGCAUGCUGGUCAUCAAAAAGAUCGAUUUAAUGAGCGGCCGCACGGGGGCCAACCGGUGCGCCCACCACACCGACGAGUACGAAUACAACAACCUGAUCAUCCGUCGCGGGCAGCCCUUCGACAUGACGCUUCACUUCCAGCAGCCGUACGAUUACGAAGACCACCGGAUCUGCCUCGAGUUCCUGAUUGGCUCCAAUCCGCAGUCCUCGAAGGGGACCCACAUUCUUGUGCCCGUCGGCAGCUCCCUGCCUGGCAUGGGCUGGUCGGCGGAAAUGACCAGCUCGGACGACAACAGCAUGUGUCUCCGCGUCUGCCCCUCGCCCAGGGCGGUGGUGGGCAAGUACCAGUUCAGCGUGAAGACCCGGAGCAAGGCGGGCGAGUACGCCGCCCCCUUCGACCCCAACAACGAGGUGUACAUCCUCUUCAACCCCUGGUGCCCAGAGGACCCAGUCUACCUGCAACAGACCGACUGUCUCAAGGAAUACGUGCUGAACGAAACGGGGAGAAUUUAUUACGGAACAGAAAGUCAGAUUGGGGAGCGCACAUGGAACUACGCCCAGUUUGACCACGGGAUCCUGGAUGCCUGUUUGUUCAUGCUGGAUAAGCGUGGGAUGCCUCACGCCAGUCGGGGAGAUCCGAUCAUGGUUUCCCGCGUCGUCUCGGCCAUGGUGAACUCUCUGGACGACAACGGCGUACUGGUCGGGAACUGGACCGGGGAUUACUCCCGCGGCACGAAUCCUUCGGCCUGGGUGGGCAGCCGGGACAUCCUGCUGAAGUAUCUCCGUACCGGAUACCCCGUGCUCUACGGGCAGUGCUGGGUGUUUGCCGGCGUCGUGACCUCAGUCCUGCGGUGCCUGGGCAUUGCCACCCGGACUGUCACCAAUUACAACUCGGCGCACGACACGGAUGUCAGCCUCACCAUGGACAUCUACUUUGAUGAGAAUAUGAAGCCCCUGGAGCACCUGAAUGCUGACUCUGUCUGGAAUUUCCACGUGUGGAACGACUGUUGGAUGAAGCGACCGGAUCUGCCUUCAGGUUUCGAUGGGUGGCAGGUGGUGGAUGCAACCCCCCAGGAAUCCAGCAGUGGGAUCUUCUGCUGUGGGCCCUGCUCCGUGGAGGCCAUCAAGAACGGUCUGGUGUACAUGAAAUACGACGCUUCCUUUUGCUUUGCCGAGGUGAACAGCGACAAGGUGUAUUGGCAACGCCAGGGAGACGGCACCUUCAAGAUCGUCUACGUAGAAGAAAAAGCCAUCGGGCAUCUCAUCAGCACCAAAGCCGUGGGAUCCCAUCAGCGCCAAGACAUCACGAACAUUUAUAAGCAUCCCGAAGGAACGGAAGCGGAGCGCAAAGCAGUGGAAACCGCUGCCAAGCACGGCACCAAGGCCCACAUCUACACCAACAAGGAGUGGGGAGAAGACAUCUCGGUGACGGUCGACACUCAAGAGGCCUACACCGGACAGGACAUCUCCUUGAGGGUCAUCCUGAAGAACCGGAGUUCGAUGCCUCGCAACGUCUCUCUCAACCUCUUUGUGGCAGUCAUGUAUUAUACAGGAGUCACCGGCAGCAAUUUUAAACAAGAGCAGCGGCAGGUCCAGAUUCCUGCAGGAGGAGCUCAACCAGUUCCGAUGGUCAUCUCCUAUCCCGAGUACAAGGCCCAUCUGGUGGACCAAGGAGCCAUGAAGCUCAGCAUUUCUGGGAAAGUAGCCGAAACCGGACAGGUCAUUGCGAAGGAGCACACUUUCCGUCUUCGCACCCCGGACCUCACCCUGACGCUGCUGGGUCCGGCCAUUGUUGGACAAGAAACCCAAGUCCAGAUCGUCUUCAAGAACCCUCUUCCUGUGACCUUGACCCACGCCACCUUCCACAUGGAAGGUUCCGGACUUUCGACUCCCAACACGAUGACCGUCGGGGAUAUCGGUCCGCAUCAAACAGUGCGACUCUGCCAGAACUUCACCCCGCUCCGUGCCGGACGUCGCCAGUUGGCUGCCAGCCUGGACAGCCCACAGCUCUCCCAGGUCCACGGCGUGCUGACUAUCGACGUGGCCCAGAGCCCUCCGCCGGGCCCAUCAGCCUCUCCGGCACCUGCCCGGGGUUCUCCUGCCCGGGGCAGAGGCUCGCAUGCCCACGUCCGAGGCUCCCCGGCAGCUGCUCGAUCCUCCCCUGGAAGGCAGCCUGCCAACCACAACACCCCAGCCAAUGCCAACACCAACACAAAUGCCAACACAAAUGCACGGGCUACCCCCAGCCGCCAGCCCAAUCCCGGACGAGCCCCCAAUGCUCACGGGGCAGCUGCCACCUCCAGGCCAGGGGCCACGGGGCGACCCGUGUGA